GUUCGCUUUCGGAAGACCUUCCGCUGAUUGUUUUGAGUUGGAUGCGGCUAACAUCAUCCACCGUUCUCUUCACGAUUUAUCCGAUUAUUUUCUCAGAAAGGGCUUGUUCGAUUAUUUAUAUGAAAGAUUAUGAGAGCAAACCGAGAAUCUACAUCUCAACAUUUAUCAUCACAAUCGUCUCGGUUGCUGCUUCGAUUUUCUCGAUCACCACAAGUUUCACUGUUCCCACUCUUCACACGAUCACGGUUUUUGUUGGAAUCCCAUUUUUCUUUAGCGUCAUUCUACUUUUUAUUUGGGUA